AUGCAUCACUUGAUUUUCAUAUCGAGUCUCCUUUUGCUCAAAGCAUUCCUUUUUAAUCCAAUCGAGGCGAAAAUAAAUUCUUUUAGCUUCGAUCUUAUUCAUCAUGAUUCAAAACUAUCUCCAUUUUAUGACCAAUCUAAAACUACGUCAGAGCGUUCGAAAGAAGCUCUUAUUCGUUCUCUCAAUCGCCUCAAUCAUUUCAAUUCAUCUAUGUCAACUGAUGCAAAAUUUGUAGAGUCUGAUUUAAUUAACGGUGACUAUUUCAUGAACAUCCAUAUAAGUGAGACACAUGAACGACUUGUUAUCCCAAGCAUGUUACUUGGCCUUACCUGGAUACGAUGUGGCCCUUGUUCUUCUGAUUGUGAGAAUCAACAUCAAUCACUUUAUAAUCCAAAAUUGUCCGAUACCUAUCACGGUAUUCUGUUUGGUUCAGAACAGUGCAAAAAACUAGUACAUACUGAGCCUGGGAAAUCAAAUGAGUGUCGAUAUACAAAAUACCGUUCUGUCAACAAUAUAUUUUCCUCUGGAGUGCUGGGCACUGAGACCUUCUACUUAAAAUCUCCUAAUACACCUGAUGAAAGCUUCUCUCAUGUAGUGUUUGGAUGUGAUGAAGCACAUCAAGGUGAUUUUGAAGAUGGGGUUCAAGGUGUUGUUGGCCUUGGACAAGGGCCAUUUUCAUGGGUUUCUCAAUUGGGAAAAAAAAUUGGCGAUAAUGCGAAAAAUUUUCGUACUGCUUGGUUGAGAAGCCAUUCGAGGUAUACACCUUCUCCUCCUAAUAUCCGCUACCACCUCAACCUUGAAGCCAUUAGCGUUAACGAUGAGAAAAUAGAGAUAGCAAAUAAAGAACAUGAUAUGUUAGUUGAUAUUCAAAUGUCCUUGACGUCGUUGCCUUCACAUAUAUACAAUGAAUUCAUUGCCAAGGUUAAAAAAUAUUUUGGCAACGUACACUCAAUCGAGCAUAUGGAACACGGCACUUGCUUCCUCAAAAAUCAAGUCAAGAAUCUCAAGAGUCCCAAAGUUAUGCUUCAUUUUUCUGACUCAUCUGGAUCCCAUGUGGACUUUCCUGUGAAUCCUUCAACAAUGUUUCAGGAAAGUGCCGUUGGCCUUAUGUGUUCGACAAUAAUCCGAAAUGAUGAAAUUUCGAUUCUGGGGAGUAGGGCACAAGUAGACGUUCAGAUGAUAUUUGACCUGUCAGCCCAUUCACUCACUUUUGCUUCAGUUGAUUGCCUCAAAGAUAAAUAA